GGGUUUGGUUUCCGGAGCGAGACGGGGUGACUGGUAGUGGCGGCGGGCGCCAGCUCCAUUGUGACCCGAGAUCGCGGGCUGAGCCGCUGCUGCGGUGGGUCGGAAACCUGCAUUAACCCCGCUCGGUGCCCAGCCGGGGGGACUCUCUGCGGGGGCUGGAACCAGCCCCUGGGGCAGCCCCGGGCUCUGCCGACACCAGCCCCUGAGCCGGAGCCUGCAGCUGCUGGUGACGUUGGAGGAGGCGACUGUUUCACCAUGGAGCCCUGGGUGAUGCUGGAUCCGCGGCAGAGAGCCCUGUACCGGGAUGUCAUGCAGGAAAGCUAUGAGACCCUGAUGUCCCUGGGUGAGGAACUCUUUUCAUCUCUCUCUUCUCUUCUCUCCAACUUAAAUCCACUCUUUCAUGCCUACCCCAACCCCCCUUACCCCCUCCAUGAAGACGGGACAGGGAGGAGAAGAAAGGCAGGGAGCUGCAGCCUAGGAAGCCAGAUGUGAAGAAGCAGGUAUCAUGCCAGUGUGGCUAGAAAGCCCCACAAGAAUCCUUGACACUGACUGAGUAUUAAACGUUUCAUGAAUCCUAAGCAAGUCGCCACAGAGCACUGUGCUUUGCUGAUAGUGAAGGGCAGACUGAAGAGCUCUCGUAGGAUUAAGGAGCAGCAGGAAGUAGCCAGGGGCUGGAUGAGUGGAAAGGACGCAGGGCUCAAGGUGGGCCACAGUUCUCAAACCAGAUGGUUUUUCUUGGGAAGAGUCAGCUUCCCCUCCCCCAAAGAAUUGUCAAAGGUUUUGGCGCAAAAAAAGCCACUUUUUUUGGAUACUUGUUUUCCCGAAAUUUGUUUCAAAGCCAUUAUCAACAGUGUUUUUUUGUUUCCCAAGAAGUGGAAUUUUGGGGGGAAAUGAAAAACUUCCAUACACGUUUUUGGGGAAAAUUGAAUUAAAAAAAAAUGUGGGAUACUGAGAUUAAAACAACUUUGCAAUUUUUUGCCUGAAUAUUGAUUUAUUUGUUCAUUUUUCAACCGUGGGAGCUGGAGACUGAGAUAGGAAGGGUCUGACACCAGGGCAAGGGGAUACCGGGGAGAGGCAGAGGGGACCAGACGACAACCGAAACCGUGGAGCGAGGAGGGGGCUGAGGACAGAGGCCACAAGUCCAAAGGCGGAGCUGGCAGAGCUGCGAGUGCGGUGGGAGGACGUGGAGGGAAGGCCUGGGGGAAAUGGGGUCAGGGCUGUGGCCGUGGAGAGUGCAAUGAGGAUGUGUUUGGGGGGAUAGGUCAGGCCAGGAGCUGGUUGCUAGCUCGGCUAAUGGAGAGGGGGAAGUUGGGCUGGAUGGAAGCAGAGCACAAAAGCCCAGAACUUCAAAGAUGUUUAGGAGCUGGGCCGGAGAGGGAUGGAGGGAGAGGAGAGAUGGAGAAAUCAUCUAGAAUGGAGGAGAACAGAGGCCUGCCUGAAAGGGGAGGCCCCAGAGGACAGAGAUUGUGGCAGGGGAUAAGAAGGGCUGGCAGGCAGGAGGCGAUGGGGACUGAAAGGAGAAGCUGAUGAAACUGAGGUGGGGAACUGAAGAUCUGAGGCAAAGCAGAGAAACUGUCAGUUUCCCAGUUCAGUAACCAGGAGGAACUGCCUGGAUGGCGUCUGUCAGGGCCCCAAACCGCCCAGGCUAAUGCAUGAGAAUUGGUUGUAGGUGCUUGGACCCCCCGUCCCACCACAAACAGCUCUGGGUUGGCUCUCCCAGCGUUUGCAGGAGAGCAUCAUUAGCUCUUUUUGUUUGUUUUUUAACAGAGGAGGCCUGGGGUAAAAUGAGUGGAAGAACCAGGAAUUAAACCUGGGUCUCCUUCCUGACCACAUUGUCGCUCCUCGGCUGCUCUGAACGGUCCGUAAUACAGCCCUGCGAACAACAGCACACUGAAAUCUGUGUCAUUUAUAGAUUUAGUGCAAAAUCUGCUUGUUUUAUUGAUAGUCUACACGCUCUAGGCCGGGGGAAGGAAGGUGUCCGCAGAGUCAGAGGACAAAAGGGGAGGAUGGCUCGGACUAGCACAGAGCGGGAUGACACAGUCAGGGCCUUUGGUCUACACCAGAGAAUGAAGCCAUUCAAGAUGAACAGCUGUAAUCCCAAGGGGCUCAGUGCUGGCCCGGCUUACUAAACCACUCCCCUGAAGGUUUGUCCUGCAUUCACCUCUCAAAUGGCAGUGCCCUCUGGGUAGCCUCUCCGGCAGCUGGAGAGUCCACUGAUGCUGCUAUGAGUUUUAUUACGGCAGCUGUGAGGACUCCAACUGAGACUGGGAUUCUGUUGUACUUCACCCCACUCUCAAACCUAGCCGGUGCGGAUGCCUGCUCUGAAGAGCUUGUACUUCAAACAGAUAAAGGGUGGGAGGGAAAACAGAGGCAGUGACUCGCCCGAGAUCACCCAGGAAUAGAAUCUGGGCAUCCCAACUGCCAGCCCAGCGGAGUGUCCACAGGACCGGCUGUGGUUCAGCCGCAGGACUAGUCUGGCAGGCCUGGCUAGCUUACCUUCACCGCGGUACUAACCCCGCGGUACUAACCCCGUGGCAGGGCGUGGAUCAGCGUUCAUGUCGCCCUCCCCAUCAGUACCCAGCCCCGGGAAGCUAAUGAUCCAGCCAACAGGUCCAAUUCGGUGAUGAACCCUGGUCACAUGCCCCCUGAGGCGUGUCGUGCUAAGAAGACUAAUGCAGGUCAGACUUCAGCCCUGGAAAGUCCUUACUCCCAUAGCCCAGGUCAUAACUGUGCACAGCACGUUUGCAAGCGGACCCAGGGCGUGCUACAAGCGUGCGGGCAGGUUGAAACAGCUCUUAGCACAGUUAAUUUCUCUGGUGCAGUCAAGGCCACAGAGUGGACAGAACAGCAACAUCUAUGGUCGUCUUCUAGGGCUGAGCAGGCUAUAAAGACCAGAGGAUGGGCCAUAAGACAGGAGGUUUGGAGGAGAUGGACAGAGAGGAACGACAGUGAGUAAGUGUAAAAGAAGGCAGCACAGACUUGAAGUCUGUGAGCUUGGAGUCAGUAGAGUUAAGGGGAGUUGUGAGUGGCAGGGGCAGGAGGAUGAACUGGGGGACAGGGAAAUGAGAUGAGGCUUGGAUUGGAAAGAGAGAGGAGAACACAUCACAGAGACCAGGCCAGGAGAGAGGGAUUCAGCUGUUGAACAGCUGAGCCAGCAAAGAGCUGGGGAAGAAAAGACACCCCCAGGACAAGGGGGCAGCCAGAGAGGCAGAAUCAGAGAGCAAGGAGCUGGAGUAGAGACACCUAAUGAACCGUGAUAUCACCUGUUUUUCCCCUACGAGCACUAUUUCCGAUUUCUAAACCCGACCUGAUCUCCUGGAUGGAACGAGGGGAGGAGCCAUCCGCCCGGGAUUUCCAGGGACGGGAGAGCCCCCGAGGAGCCCCCGCAGCAGCUGAUGGUUUGGUGAGCGACAACGAGGAGGAGGAUGCUGAGGAGGAGGAGGAGGAGGAAGGCUCAGAGGAAUUGGAACCACGCACGUCUCAGAACCCUGAGUGGGAAAAGAGCCCUGCUGACUCCGAUGAACAAAAGAAAGCCCAGCCAGGGAAGAAGCAUGACAAAGCCACGCAGCGCGGUCCAGGCCUGAGGAAGCCGAAGGGCACGGUGGCCCAGACUCGCUGUGGCGACUGCAGGAAGAGUUUCGAGUGUGGGGCGGCUGGGGGCCGGCAGCGGAAGGGCAAGCCGACCGAGGAGCGCGCCAAACCCUUCCGCUGCCAGGACUGCGGCAAGAGCUUCAUCUGGGCCUCGCACCUGGAGCGGCACCGGCGCAUCCACACUGGCGAGCGCCCCUUCCGCUGCCCCGAGUGCGGGGAAAGCUACAGCCAGAGCUCCCACCUGCUGCAGCACCGCCGCACCCACACCAGCGACCGGCCCCACAAGUGCGGCGACUGCGGGAAGCGCUUCGCCCGGCCUGACGAGCUGGCCGCCCACCAGCAGGGCCACGCGGCGGACAAACCCCACAAGUGCAGCCACUGCGGCAAGGGCUUCAUCUGGGCCUCCCACCUGGAGCGGCACCGGCGCAUCCACACCGGGGAAAAGCCGUUCAAGUGCCCCGAGUGCGGGGAAUCCUUCAGCCAGAGCUCCCAUCUGUCAAAGCACCGGCGCAGCCACACGGGGGAGCGCCCCUACCGCUGCCCGCACUGCGGGAAAAGUUUCUGUCAGAGCUCGGACCUAGCCCGCCACAAGCGGACCCACCUGGGCAAGAAACCCCUGCGCUGCGGCGACUGCGGGAAGUGCUUCCGAGCCGGGCCGGCCCUGGCCCGGCACCAGCGCUCCCACCGGCGGGAGAGGGCCCACCGCUGCAGUGACUGCGGCAAAGGCUUCGUCUGGGCCUCUCACCUGGAGCGGCACCGGCGGGUCCACACGGGCGAGCGCCCCUUCCCCUGCACCAGCUGCGGGGAGCGCUUCGCCCAGAAGGCCCACCUGCUCCAGCACCGCAAGACCCACUCCCCCGACCGGCCUUACAAGUGUGGGGACUGCGGCAAGCGCUUCGGGGACAACGCCGCCUUCCUGGCCCACCAGCAGGGCCAUGCGGCGGAGAAGAGCUACAAGUGCAGCGACUGCGGGAAAGGCUUUGCCUGGGUCUCCCACCUGGAGCGGCACCGGCGCAUCCACACUGGAGAAAAGCCUUUCAAGUGCCCCGAGUGCGGGGAAUCCUUCAGCCAGAGCUCGCAUCUCACCAAGCACCAGCGCAGCCACCUGGGCAAGCGGCCCUACAAGUGUAGCGAGUGCGGGAAGGCCUUCAGCCUCACUCUCGACCUCAUCAUCCACCAGCGGACCCACAUGGGCGGCAAACCCUAUAAGUGCUCCCGGUGCAGGAAAGGAUUCACCCGCCGGGCCAACCUCAUCAAACACCAGAGGAGCCAUGGGGAGGAGGAGCCCUGAGGGGAUGCACGGACUGGGCUGCAGGGUGGAGGGAGCCAAAGGGGGAUAGGAUAAACACGACAGUGGGAGGCUAACAAGAGCUUGUGUGGUGGGGAAUGGUAUAAAUGUGAGGCUCAGAGACUAACAGGAUAGAGGGAGGGUAUAGAUGUGAUACUUGGCUGCUAAUGAGGUGGGGGAGCAGUAUAAAUGUGACACAGGGAGGCUAAUGGGGGAACAGUAGAAAAGUGACACAUGGAGGCUAAUGUGGGGGAACAAUAUAAAUGUGUCACAGAUGCUAAUAGUGUGGGGGAAUGGUAUAAAAGUGAUACAUGAAGGCUAAUGCUUGGGGAACAAUAUAAAUGUGACACAGAUGCAGUAUAAAUGACCCUUGGCGCAGCCGCCCUGGGAUUCCCUGUGUCUCACAGUAGAGUUGCCAGUUUUGGUGGGAUGUAUUCCUGGAGGUUUCAUCGCAUGACGUAAUCUAAUUAAAGAUUAAUCUUUCAUUCCUGGAGACUCCAGGACAAUCCUGGAGGGGUGGCAAACCUAGUCCCUCGAAAGGCAUUUCCAGAUGUCUCAGAGCGUGUCAACUGGCCUGGACCGCCGCCAGUCACCGAGGGAGACAAAAAACCUGGCAGGCCAGCUAGUCAUCGCCCCCCGCUCCCCAUUUGCUAUGGGGUCCUGUGUAGGGAUAAUGGAGAUUUAAACAGAGACUCUGCUGCACUCACCUCUCCCCCCUGCAAUAUGCCCAGGAUGGCCCAGACCCUCAAAGGUAUUUAUUCCUUUGAUAUCAGUGGAUUUUAGGAGCCUAAAUGUCAUUGAGAUUCUGGGCCAACAUCCGCAGGGUGAGAAAAGCCUCCACCAGGAUCGGAGCUGCAGAUGCUGCUAUGACUUGCCCUUGCCUGGGAGAGCAGCUGCCAGCAAAUAAGGGGUUCGUGCCGGGCAGGCAGCGGCCGCAGCAAGGCCAUUGCUUUGCUCCAGCAGAUCUGAGCUCCCCGAGGACAGAAUCGGUUCCUUUUGUCACCAGAUCCCAGAGUGGCUCCCCAGAGGCCUGUCGUCUCCCAACCCCUGUAGGAAUGUCCGUCUGACGCUUCCGGGAGCUGGGAUCUGUUUGUGGCCGCAUUCUUGGAUUUUUUUUUUUUUGGAGUGCAUCGUGUCGAGUUUAGUUCCCCACCACUGAGUCGUAGACGAUGGUUUAUUUGUGACUUUUCUUGCUUUCUGUUGGAGGCAAAUAAAAUAGAAUGUAGUUUUACCAGC